AUGUCCUUCGAGAGAGAACCCGAACAGACUCCUGCCAUCUUAACAUCUCAAUCACUCCGGUCAUCCCAAUAUGCUACGCCGAUCGACCACACCAACCUCUCACCGAAUAUGUCUCCGUCUCCUUCGAGAGACUCCGCUAUCGCCCGCAUCCAGAUACAGUCGACACAAAUUCCGAAGGCGUGGGUGUCUCCCAUCUGCGGCGCCGGCGCCGGCUUUGCCUCAGGCAUUGUCACUUGUCCUCUCGAUGUAAUCAAGACGAAGCUUCAGGCGCAAGGCGGAUUCACACAGCGAGUCCAGUCCAAGAAUCCAUAUGGAAGCAUUCAACAACCGUACAAAGGCAUCAUUGGCACUGGCAGCGUCAUAUGGCGAGAAGAAGGUAUCCGUGGCAUGUAUAGAGGCUUGGGGCCCAUGCUGCUGGGCUACUUGCCGACAUGGGCUGUCUAUCUGACGGUAUAUGAAAAUACUCGAGAGUUUUGGUAUGAUCAGUGUGGCAGCUGGUGGGUGGCUCGCUGCUAUUCAUCGCUCACCGCCGGCGCUUGUUCCACCGUCUUGACAAACCCCAUCUGGGUCAUCAAAACUCGGUUGAUGUCCCAGUCCAACAAAUCUGCUACCGCUAGCGACGGGAUGCGUGCUCCCUGGCACUACACUUCUACACUCGACGCCGCUCGCAAAAUGUACCGCACUGAGGGACUCCGAUCUUUCUACUCUGGCUUGACACCGGCAUUGCUAGGUCUCACUCACGUGGCCGUCCAAUUUCCGCUGUACGAAUAUUUCAAGAUGAAAUUCACUGGGUAUGGCAUGGGUGAGCAUCCACCCGAAGAUAGUACCUCAAAUUGGCUCGGCAUCUCCGCCGCUACAUUUUUGAGCAAGGUCUGUGCGUCGACAGCCACCUAUCCUCACGAGGUUUUGCGCACUCGUCUCCAAACACAACAACGCAGGUCAGCGCUUACGACUUCGGAUGGCAUGAAAGUACAAGCGCGCUACUCGGGCGUGUGGCAUAUGUGCAAGGUCAUUCUCCAAGAGGAAGGCUGGCGCGCAUUCUAUGCCGGUAUUGGUACCAACCUCAUCCGUGCGGUCCCGGCGGCCAUGACUACCAUGCUGACCUACGAAUGGUUGCGGAACGCCAUCACUCGAGCGCAGGAAAAGGGUGAAGAGCUGAAAAAGUCGACUGACGAAUACCCUGUAUGA